CGCAAUUCGAUCAUCCACCGAGUAAAUUUAGCUCUGGUCGUGCGAAAAAGUCGAUUUCCCCUUCUCCUCGUUGUGCUUGCUCCCUCCUUCCUCCGUCAUCAAUCUUCCUCCUCCCAUCUACUCUCUACGCGCUCGUAUCUCUAUCUCUCUCUCUCUCUCUCACCUCUCUCCAUCCUUUCACCCGACACCUCUCGCGCAGAGAGACCUAGCAAGCAAUGGCGUCCAACCCCCUCCCCAAAGCCAACGAGGCCCUCGACAAGCUCCCCAUAGCCGUCCCGCAUAUCCCAGAGACGAAGGCUGAGCUCAAGGAAGACAUCCAGGUCGUGGCUGCGAAGUCGUUCGCGGGGCUCCGCUCGUUCGCCGCUGGUGGUUUUGGUGGGCUUUGCGCCGUUGUCGUGGGACACCCUUUUGACCUCGCGAAGGUCAGGCUGCAGACUGCUGAGGCGGGUGUGUAUAAGGGUGCUAUCGAUGUGGUGACUAAGAGUAUUGCGAGGGAUGGAUUGAAGAAGGGCUUGUACGCCGGUGUGAGUGCCCCGCUGGUGGGGGUUACUCCUAUGUUCGCCGUCUCCUUCUGGGGUUACGACGUAGGCAAGAACCUGGUCAAGAAGUUCUCCACUGUGCACGACAACCAGCUCUCCAUCGCCCAAGUCUCCGCCGCCGGCUUCUUCAGCGCCAUCCCCAUGACCGCCAUCACCGCGCCCUUCGAGCGCGUCAAGGUCCUCCUCCAGGUCCAGGGCCAGAAAGUCCUCGCACCAGGCGAGAAGCCAAAGUACAGCGGCGGCGUCGACGUCGUGCGUCAGCUGUACAAGGAGGGUGGCGUGCGCAGUGUGUUCCGUGGCUCUGUCGCGACGCUCGCGCGUGAUGGGCCGGGUAGCGCGGCGUACUUCGCGGCGUAUGAGUAUAUUAAGCGUAGCCUUACGCCGGUGGACAUCCACACCGGUAAGCCUUCGGGUCAGCUGAGUCUGACUGCUAUUACGACGGCGGGUGCAGCGGCGGGUGUGGCUAUGUGGAUCCCUGUCUUCCCAGUCGACACGGUGAAGUCGAGGCUGCAGACUAUGGAGGGUAACCCUACGGUGUCGGGUGUUGUGAAGGGGCUGUACCGCGCGGGUGGUCUGAAGGCUUUCUUCCCUGGUUUUGCACCUGCGAUUUGUAGGGCUGUGCCGGCGAAUGCUGCGACGUUUUUGGGCGUGGAGUUGGCGCAUCAGUUUAUGAACAAGGCGUUUGAUUAGAGGGAGAUGGAUGGGUGCUGAGGGAAAGGGAAGGAAAAGAAGGGAUAUUUUAGACGGGGUUACUGGAGGAAUGGAUGGGCAUUGAAGGCAUCAAGGGGGAAGAUGCUCAAUGAGGCCCAUUGUGAAUAUAUACAAUGGGAUGAAGACGUGGUGAUGCUGUGGAUUCGAGGGUCAGGCAUUGAGGGAUGGUGUACAUAGGAACGGGCAUUCUCCUGUGGAAGGUUGGCUGUAGAGAUAUAGUACAAGCGCGCAUAAAGACAGAUCCAUUAUUAUCAUUCCGUUUAAGCCUAGCAAACCACGUAUUCUC